AUGAUAAAUAACCAGGAAAAUUUAUCCAGAUCAGAGCUAUUUAGGAGAUCAUUGCUUCAAAUAUCAAAAAAUAAUAAAGUCCUUCCCUAUUGCAAUAGCCCUGAAUCAUCUUUUCAAAGUAUUAAAAGCAACCUAAAUUCAGAAAAAUUAUGUAAGAUUUGUUUCGACUCUGAAACAGAAACUCAUACUCUAAUAGCACCAUGCCAGUGCUCUGGCUCUGUAAAAUAUAUUCACCAAGAAUGCCUAAAGGUAUGGUUGGUGUCAAAAAAUGAGGAUUUAGCCCAUACUAAAUGUGAACUUUGUAAAACUCCAUAUAUAAUGACAUAUGAUAUAUCAGUUAAAUGCAGGCCACCUAAACAGCGCCUUGAUGCGUCCAAGAAUGUUGUAACAAUCAUUCUAUUUGUUUUGUUUAUACUGGUUCUUCUUAUUUUACUAUUAAUAAGUGGAAAUGUAGUUCAUUUUAAAGGAAAUUGAGAGUCUGUUUACAAAAGUUGUUUCUACACCUUAUGUGCUUUUUUUGAUGCUGUUAUACUUUUAGCAAUUCUCAAGAUCCAAAAAGAAUCAUGUAUGGAAAACACACUUAGUAAUUGGAAAAUAUUAGAUUAUGAGAAUAAUAGAAAGGAUACAGAAAAUAAAUACUUAAAAGCUGAAAAUUCAAACCCUGACUUGCAUGGCCAUACAGUUUAUAAAAUCCCUGAAAAUAUUAUGGUUUCAGGCAAGAGAGUCAAAACACCUUCAAUCAUAGCCAAAAUGCAGCCAAUUUUUCGAAAUGGAAAUAUUUCUGGAUACAGCCAGCAAUUCAUUAAAUCUGAUUUUCUGCAAAUAGAAAGAGCCAAAGAUAUAAUGCUUCAUACCGAGCCUUCUUCAAUGUAUUUGAAAUCUUGCCCCAGUGAAAAAUGCAUAUCUGCAAAUGAGCCAGCAAAUUCUCAGCCUGCAAUAUAA